AUGGACCCCAUGCGCGCCUCCACCGGGACGGUGCAGCUCAGUUCCUCCUACGACCCCUCCGCCUCCGGUCGAUACUCGGCCUACCCCUCCGAUCGACCGUAUAUCUCCUCCUAUGACCCACGCUACCUGCGCGAUCCCAGGUUGGAAGCUCAGCCCAUCUCCUCCACCACCUACCGAGACCCUGGCCACGGCGCCAAACUGCGAACCGAGUACGCCAUUCGCCCAAGGACGCGGAGUAGCACUAUGUCCGUCGUCUCAGACAACCACCUGAAUGCCAGUCAAUACAACAAACCCGUGUCCCGACCUCCUCCCAUCAUCACCUCCGGCAACCACCGCCCCAUGAGCCCCCUCCCGGGCCAGGACCCUUAUCUGGUCCCAGCCGCGUCGCCUCGGCACCCGCGCGACUCCAACUACGAUUAUGCCAGUGACACAGGGCGACUGGAUCCCCGGGAGCGCGCACGGCGUGCCCACAUGGCCUAUAGCGCGUACCGGCGGUACCAACCGAACCAUGGCCCCUGGCGGUAUCCCCCCGCGGAAGGUCUUCGAAAGGGCGAAGACCUGGACAAGUACGACGUCUACUCCUAUACCAACCCCAAUGAGCUUUUCGAAAACGAAUCGGUCGCGCGCCUGCGCUAUGAACAGGGUCGCUACCGCAGGGAACGGCCCUUGAGUUUGAACGGGAUCGACGAUAGCCAAUUGAUGUUGAAGAAGGAACCCAGAUCUAUGGGUCCCCCGCCGUCGCAAAGAGGGUUUGACAAACUAAGCCAUGCCGCGCGCCCACGACGCUCGACCCAAGGCUCGACGGAUAGUGACUACGGCGCGGCCAGUGGUCCACGGCGCUCCUGGCACCAGGCCCCGGUUUCCCUGCACCAGGAUCCCGACGAAGGCUAUUCAUCUUACCGGGAAGGUUACGAGGGCGGUCGCCAUCGCCAUCGCCGCCAUAAGCGGCGCGACGAUGAUGUGAGCAGUCGUCAUUCCUACGACGAUCGCGCAUCGCUGAAGCUCCGGGAGCCCGUGGCCUCCGGCGCGCUUGUCGCCGCUGCGCCGGCGGAAGAACAUGACAGUGAUUUCCACCGUCGAUCCCGCGCCUUAGAGCCGCGGGAACGGGAACGAAGCGGUCGCUCUCGGAGAAGGGUCUCCCGACGACGGAAGGAGGAUGAUUCCGAUGGGUACACGUCCGACGAGGACCUGAAGAAUUACCGUCGGGAACCGUCUGCGCGGCGUAAACUCACGGAAUCCGACGCCUCCAACAGCAGCAGCGAGCGCUCCUCUCCGUACCUGACCGUUGAGCGACCGCGUCGCCGGCGAUCUCACUCGCGCCCCCGGCCGCGGGACCUGUCGCCAGGGAAGUCGACGAGCCCGAAGGACAUCCCAGGUCGUCCGGAUAGUGUCAAGAAGCCGGACUCGGCGUCCCCGGACGCACCCCCCAAGGGGAUCCUGAAGCCGCCGCGGGACAAAUUCCCGGAGGAGCCCAACCCCAUCCGCGAGGGCGUCGCGCCGUUGAAAGACGCGCAUAAGAAGGGAAUCCCACCCGGCGCGAGAUGGACCAAGAUCGACCGACGCCUUGUCAACCCCGCCGCGCUGGAGGCUGGUAAGGAGCGAUUUGAAGAACGGCCCGACUGUGUGAUCGUCUUGCGCGUGCUCACGAAAGAGGAAAUCCAAGCGUAUGCGUUGAAGACGCAGGAGAUUCGAGACUCCCGUUAUCACGAGUAUGUACGCGAACGGCGACGACGUCGCGAGGAGGAUCGUCGCCGGGGUCGCCCGACGGCGGACUCUUCCAGUGACGAUGAGGACGAGAACGAUGAUUCUCUGGCAAGUGAGGGCUCUGCGGAGUCAAAGCUCAAUCUUAAGGGCGGCCAGGGUGCGGAGUCUGGGAAGGCAGCUUAG